UUUCUAGGCACAAGAAAGGAAAUUUACAGACAUGAGACUGAGGACAGUUUUGCUGCUCACUGCACUGAUCUACAUUGAUGCUGCAGAAACUGCCAGUAUUCGGAAUUCAGCAACUCGAGUGAAUGAGAAAAAAGGGCAAACACUUCGUCACCAUUUCUCUGACAACAAUUAUCAAAUGAAAUUUUAUCCACGUCCUAUUUCUUUUCCUGAGAAAAAUGCAGAGCUACGUUAUGAUCAUCCUUUGCCUGAGAACAACCCAGAGAUACCUUUAUCUCAUCCCAUUGUUUUGCCUGACUACAACAAUGCAAAGGUACCUUAUCCCUAUUCUAGUCCGUUGCCUGAAGGAAACACCAUAGCAAAUUAUCCGUACCCUAUCCCGUUCAUCAAGAGUAAUUUAGAAUCAUCUUACUACCGUACUCAUCCUUUUCGUUCUCAGAACAAACCAACUUUAGCUCAAGAUUUUCCUCGUACUUACCUUGUAGCCUCUGCACAUAAAUAUCCUGUGAAAGGCGAUGUAAUUAUGCCUGACAACCGUCCUUACCUCCAUCCUUAUCCUCAUUCUUAUCCUUUUGUGAACAAGAACAAAUUAGCACCUUUUAUCUAUCCUGAAGUACAAACUUAUCCAUCUUCAGUGCAUGAGUCAGGGGUAGAACCUUCACAUUCUCCAGACAAUGUGACAGAAAUGGAAACUCAACCUUCUUUAGAAGAUGAGCUAGAACUGGAUGCUGAUUCUUCUGCAGAGGAUGACAUAGAAAAGGACAUUAUAAUUUCUUCAGAGAUUGAGGUGCAAAAGGAACCGUCACCUGCUACAAUAAGUUCACAUAUCAAUCAAGCAUCUUGUUUACCUGGGUGGAUUUUUAACAGUGAAUUAUCUACCUGUUACAGCAUCUUUCAAGGUAAAAUGACCUGGAUACAAGCUGAGAUGUCUUGCCAAAUGUACGCACGAGGUGCUCAUCUUGCCUCCAUACAUGGGGAAGAACAAAAUCAGUUCAUUCAAGGGUUGAUUAAGCAGAAAAAUCCAGUAAAAUCCAACACGUGGAUUGGACUGAGUGAUUGUCACAAGGAGGGCAUUUAUCUCUGGACUGAUGGGUCUUUGCUGGAUUUCACAAAGUGGAAUACUGACCAACCUGAUGAUGAGUCAGACUCUGAAAACUGUGUGAGCGUUAAUUCUGAAGGUAUUGAAGGCAAAUGGCAUGAGAGAGUCUGUUCAGAUGAACUUCCAUUUAUUUGUUCCUAUAAGCUCUUCUGAAUUUAAAAUACUCACCAAAGCUUUGAGAAUCCUUUUGCUUUGCUUCAUAGUCUAAUAUGUAGUUUAAAGUCAUUCUAAUGGCUUAUAUCAG